AUGGGCUUUGCAAGAGCAAGCAUACUGAUAGUUAUUUGUCUGUUCGUUUACGUCACAAUCAGUUCGGCAAACCCUUUGUAUGAGUGUUCUGGUAAUGACUGCCGCUUUGAGGUUCAACGGCAGGGAGUCAAUGAAGAUGAAAAUUUCACAUUUGUUCUGACUGCGGAAGAUGGGCCAAUCAUUGUGGAGUUUACUAAGUCGAGUUUGCCUACAAUCCCGACGUCACUUUUCGAUGGUGAUAAUGGAAACAGAAUAACCCAACUGUACGUACCUGUAGCCGGAGUGAUAGCCAUACAUCCAGAUACAUUUGCCCAAGCGCGUGCAUUGGAAAUACUUAAUUUGGUUAAAAACCCCAUCAAGGAACUGGACCGUAAUCCGUUUGCCAAUGCGAAAAAUUUAACAAUUUUCCGAAUUCGUGGCAAUCAGAUCGCUACUAUCAGCGAGACUACCUUUCAAGGAUUGUCGAGGUUGUUAGAAAUUGAUCUGCGUAAUAACAACAUACGAAAACUUCCACCCAAGCUGUUCGCUGGCCUAAGAAAUCUGGAGCGACUAUUUUUAGCUGAUAAUCGUCUGAAGGAUCUGGAGGAUCAUCUGUUUGACGAUCUGCUAUCAUUGGAGAUACUUUCCCUGGAAAGAAACGACAUCGAAAAACUCACCAGCAAUGUCUUCGUUGGUACGCCUCAGCUUAAAAUGCUCGAUUUGCAAGGCAAUCGGAUCGCUUCGAUCGACCCGGAAGUGUUCAAGCCAUUGUUAGAGCUGGCUUAUAUGAUUUUAAACUCGAACAAUCUGAAGACUCUCUCACCGGAAACAUUCUCACCGCUCAGUAUGUUGGCUUAUCUGGAUUUGUCGAAUAACUUGAUGCAGGCAUUGCCGAAGGAUUUGUUCCGGGACACCGUUAACCUAGAAUCAUUACUCCUAAACAAUAAUUCAAUUACUCAUCUUGAUCCUGACACUUUCAACACAUUGGAAGGGUUGGAAAGAUUGGAGUUGCAGUACAACCGGUUACAAACUCUAGAUGUAGCAUUGUUUAACAGCUUGGGCAAGUUGGAUUACUUGCAAUUGGAGAACAACAAUCUACGUCACAUCAAACCCGGCACAUUUGAUCAUUUAACGAAGCUGAAAACACUGAUCCUGGAUGAUAAUGGCAUAUCUUCCAUAGAUGAUGGCACGUUCCGGAAACUUGAAUCCGUUGCCGUACUUGAGCUGAGCAACAAUCACAUCAAAGCUUUAACAAAUCGUUCUCUGGAAGGAUUAAACCAAUUGGAGGUACUCGAAUUGGAUGGUAACGAAAUCAGGACGAUCGACGAGGGUUUUUUUUGCGCGCAUGAACAAUUGGAGACUGUAAUGCUCAAGGGAAACAAGCUUAGUCGUGUGCAUCCCGAAGCAUUCAACUGUUUGAAAAAGUUGGAAGACCUCAACCUCAGCGGGAAUCGUCUGCAAAACAUUUCGUUGUAGCUCGAAAGCCUAACCAAGCUCGACCUGUCCAACAAUCGGUUCCACAACCUAUCGGAAAAUCUUUUUCUAGGUGUGACCAAUCUUGGAGAGCUGAAUAUGGAUAAUAAUCAUCUGGAGGCCAUCCCGAAAGGAAUAACGAAACUGUCGUUAUUAAGAAUUUUGUCGCUGAGAAACAACAACAUCAAUUCAACCUCUGUCGAUAAGCGAUGGCGAGCUUUGUUUCAAUUGUACCUAUCAAAUAAUGAGAUUGAACACAUUUCCGUAGCACAUUAUCCGAGGUUGCAUAAAUUAGACCUCGACAAGAACCGGAUUACGGACAUCAAAGAGGAUACAUUUGCUGGAACCAUGUACCUUCGCGAAUUGAAUUUAGCGGAAAAUCGAAUAACUGGACCUUUAGAAAACCGCUUCGUAGAUGGGAUGAGGAGCCUCCGAUUGGACGGAAAUCCUCUAAAUCGUAUUACAAAUGGCUCGUUUGAAAUUUUAAAUCAUGAAACAAAGUUGUUGUCGCUGAAAAACACAGGCCUGAGCAGUCUCGGUAACGAUUCUAUUGCAUUCCUAUCCGUACUGGAAACUCUGGAUCUGUCUGGAAACGCAAUUUCCCAAGUGGGACACAAUAAUUUGGAUGGCAUUGAUGAGUUGACAAGAUUCUAUUUAAACGACAAUAAGGGAGUGAGCAUUGAAGAUUUGAGUGGUUUAAAUAAGUUCAAUCGACUGGAGGAACUUUCGAUUUCUGCGGAUAGUUGGAUUGUUCCCAAUAAUUUUCUGAGCAAUAAAACAUCGCUCAAGAAGCUGUACAUGCAGGGCUCCCGAUUUUCCAGCAUACCAGCAGAUUUCUUCCAGGCCUGUUCUAUCUCAUUAGAUGUUUUAACGAUAUCAAACAACAACGACUUGUCGACGCUUCCCACACAUUUCUUCAAAGAUGUCCCAUGGCUCCAGGAGCUGACGCUAUCAACCAACAACUUGACCACGUUGGAGCCGAAAGUAUUUGAUCCUGUGUUUAACCUGAAAUAUUUGGAUCUUUCCAGCAAUCCGUUGAAAACGUUGGACAAAGAUUUGUUCCAGGAAACCAGCAGACUCGCAACUCUGAAGCUACAAAAUAUAAAGGUUACUAACCUUUCGAUCGGCAUUUUUGAUAGUCUUGACCAACUGAUCACCCUGGAUCUGAGCAGUAAUCAACUAUCCACAUUGCCAAAUGGAAUCUUCCAUAAUCUGUUCUCUCUAGAAAGCCUUUCUUUGGAGAACAAUGCUAUCGAACAGUUGGACCCUGCCGUUUUCGAGGGAGCUUUGCGGUUGAAGAGUAUCUUCCUCGCCCACAACAAGUUAAGCACUCUGCACCCUCACCUCUUCAGCAACUUGUUGCGAAUUGACACACUUAAUCUGGGUUACAACAAGUUCGUGAGCUUCGACCUGACGACCACAGACUUCCAGGACACACUGAAAAACCUCAACAUAGAUGGGAAUGGCCUUACAUCGCUGAAAAUCUCACCAACCCUUGAGAUUUUAUCAGCAGCUGACAACCAACUGUCCAGGAUCGAAGUUAAUCAAACGAGCGGCUCAUCCAGCGCACUCACCCAGCUUUCCGUCCAACGCAAUCGGUUCAACAACUUUAACAAUUUUGUGCAGUUUAAAUCUCUGGUCGAUCUGGAUGUCUCCUUCAACGACUUUAGCGAGCUGGAUAUUGGCACUAUCUCUACGAAGCUGCAGGAUCUUCGCAAGCUGAACGUAUCGAACAGUCACGUACAACAGAUAAAAUCGGAUGGAAUCAACACUCAAGAGAGUCUUACACAUGUGGACAUUUCGAACAACAAUCUUACGAGCCUGGAAUUGAAAGCAUUCGAAAAGUUCUCUUCGCUGGAGCACUUUAUCUUCACUGGAAACUAA